AAUGAUUUCAAAUAAUUCCUAUCAAUAUAAGUGUUUCAAUAUGGUGUUAAAAAGAAAGAUGAAUUAUGUUAGAAAGUUGUGGAUUUAUUUUUAACUAGUUAUGGAACCAAUAAUUGAGGAUCUUGUUUGUAAUACAAUGCCUUAUGGAGGUAUUUAUUUGUUUGGUUAUAUAUCUAUUGAUGUUGCUAAUUACAUAAUUAAUAAUAUAUAAGUUAAUUUUUUAGUAUUAUUUAUAAAAAUUUUCAUUUUAGUAAGACUACAUAAAAUAUAGAUUUCAUUUAAUUGAAAUAUUCAAUCAGAUACCUAUAUAUGUAAUAAAAUAGGCUUCUUUGGGAUUAGAAGGUGUUUAUCAGGCAAUAUAUAGAUAAUUAGAGUAUAAUGAUUACUUAAAAGAAAUUUGA